AUGCGUGCAAGACCGCCUGAUUUGAUUAGGAAAAACCCGCUUAUGGAUUUGCCUGUCUCAUCAUCAUCUUCGUCGAGUAGAAUAGUGGAAUCAUUCAACCAUGUCAUAUCAUCUUCAUUAUGUAAUAAUCAUUUGAAUAAGAAAUUAAUGUCGAAUGAAAUUAACCGUUGUGAAUCAAUAAUGCUCACAAUUUACUGGAUUGAAUUGGACAAAGUCGAUAAUCAAUCAAACCAAUCAUUAUCAUCAUCAUUAUAUUUAUCCAAUAUUCCACAAGAGAAAAUCUAUUCACUACCUAUUCAUAAAGGGAAAACAAAUAACAAUCAGUUGACCUUAAAUCAACUCAAACGUAGACAACAUCAUUUGCUGAGUCUAUUAAUGAACGCUGUUAAUAGAUUUCAUAGCUUUGAAUUGUAUAUAUAUGAAUCCAUAAAAAGAAUUGAUUUAGACUACUCAAUUACAGAAAUUCAAUGCAAAUAUUCAACAACAACGAAAUCAUUGUCACCGCCUUUGUUGAGUGAUGUAGACCAAAAAUUUAUUGGUCUGAUAAAAUCUGUCACAGCUUGGUUAGCUAAUGCUAGUCAGUUACUUCAUCUAAUCUAUUGUGAUAUUGAUUUCAAUGCAACUUUCAAGUUGUCUGUUGACGAACUGUGCCAAUGGAGUCCUGAUACAUUCGAUCAUGAUGAUAAUAACGCUGUUAAAUUGUCAAAUACUGCUACUACGUCAUGGGAUCAGUUGAAAGAACAAUUGGCUGAAAUCGUCCAAACUGCAUUUAUCUAUUUAGCUGACCUUUGUGUACUUCGAUUAGAUUUAAUUGCGAUACCACAAUUAUUAUUGUAUUUGACUAAAUCUGUACAAAUUUUAUCAAAUCAUCAUCAUGAAAACUGUGCGACUGAUAGUAACACAUCUAAUGAUUCACCUGACUGCUGUUUCCCUGAUUAA